AUGCAGGUUCAUUUGACAACUCGUCAAAUGAACGCGCGGGUAUAUGAAAAUGAGGAUAAAAGGGAGGAAAAGGAAAAAGAAGAGGGUGAAUUGGAGGAUUGCAGGACAGUUAGGAAGAGAGAAAGACGCGAAAAAGGCAGGAUGGGGCAGAGAAAAAAAGACGGUCUGGAUGAUUGGACUCGUCAAGUUGUACCCCGUCCAAUUGGGUCGGCUAUACUCGAUUCGGAUAAGCGGGAUGAUCCUCCUGGUCCUGAGAGGAGAGUAUCUGUCAAGACAGGAAGGAGAGAAAGAAAGGCAAUGUGUACACGGUAG